ACGCAGAGGGAGACACACAAUACUCAAAAAACAAAGCAGAAGUCCGGGGCUCGGAGCAAGCUGGAGCCAUGUGGAGCAGGUGCCAAUGCAGUUGAUAUCUUUCUAGAGUGGAAUGUUGCAAUUGACAGCACCAUAAAGCCUGUGUCUGUUGAUCAACCGGUGAUUACUGUCAAUGGAAAGUUUCCGGGACCUCUUAUCAACGCCACUACCAACGAUUUCAUUCAUGUGAAUGUGUUCAACAAUUUGGAUGAACCGCUACUUUUUACAUGGAAUGGAAUACAACAGAGGCUGAAUUCAUGGCAAGAUGGAGUAUCAGGUACCAACUGCCCAAUUCAACCAGGCACAAACUGGACUUAUGUGUUCCAAACCAAGGACCAGAUUGGUAGUUUCUUCUACUUUCCCUCACUUAACUUCCAAAAUGCUGGUGGAGGAUUCGGUCCAAUUCGAGUCAAUAAUCGUGCAGUCAUCCUUAUACCCUUUGCCAAACCGGAAGCUGAGUUCGAUCUUCUUAUUGGUGAUUGGUACUAUUAUGGGUACAAGAAAACAAGGUCAAUGAUGGGAAACGAAGAGAUGGCAUACCAAACUAUUCCUGAUACAAUUCUAAUGAAUGGCAAAGGCCCUUAUGGACACUCAAUGUCAAAAGCCUACGAGUCCUUCACCGUUGCUCAAGGAAAGACAUACAGGUUUAGAAUAUCAAAUGUGGGCAGUGCAUUGAGUUUUAAUUUCAGGAUUCAGAAACAUCAAAUGGUGCUGGUUGAAACGGAAGGGUCUUACACCAGUCAGAUAACCCUGGAUUCUCUUGAUGUUCACGUUGGUCAGUCAUACUCGGUUCUUGUCAUAGCCGAUCAACCCGAUGCUGAUUACUACAUUGUUGCUAGUCCUAAAUUGCUCUACACAACCAAUUCUACAAGCCUUGUGGGUUUAGGUGUGCUACACUAUUCCAAUUCCAAUACACAAGUUACUGGUUCUCUGCCUAGUGGACCUGAUCCAUUUGAUCUAGAAUUUUCAAUCGUUCAAGCCAGAUCUAUCAGGUGGAACUUGACAGCAGGAGCAGCAAGGCCUAAUCCACAAGGAACCUUCAAUGUAACAAAUGUAACCCUGUCACAAAAUUUCAUCCUGCAGAGCUCAACUAGUGAAAUUGAUGGCAUUCCACGAUAUCUUAUCAACAAUGUCUCUUAUCAAAGCGGAAACACCCCAUUGAAACUUGCCGAUCACUUUCUUAAUGGAUCUGGUGUAUACCAACUUGAUUCGUUUCCCGGUCGAUCUGUCAGUGCUAGUGCUGCAUAUGGAGUAUCUGUUGUUACUGGAAACCAUAAAGGGUGGAUAGAACUUGUGUUCAAAAAUAAUCUCAAUGCCAUGGAUUCUUGGCAUUUAGAUGGUUUCGGAUUUCACGUUGUUGGGUUUGGCAAUGGAGAGUGGAUGACAGAUUCUCGCAGUAAUUACAACCUUGUUGAUCCUGUGGUUCGAUCAACGGUGCAAGUGUACCCAGGAGGAUGGACUGCAGUUUAUGCAUUCUUAGACAAUCCUGGAAUGUGGAAUUUGAGGUCACAACUCUUGAAAAACUGGUUCUUAGGCCAAGAACUCUACAUAAGAGUCCAUAAUGAUGAUCCCAACCCUUCCAAGGAGAAGCCUCCUCCCGAUAACCUUGUUCUAUGUGGUAUUCUCAGCAACUCUAGUAAUGCUGCUAUUAGUCUGCCUCCGGCUCCAUAGGCAGGUACUUUUGGCGAUUCGGUUAGUCCACCGUCUCCUGCUCCUUGAACAGAAUAGUGAUAUGGAACACUAAUAACAAAGUGAUGGUAGUACUGACUAGUUUCUUGAUCAGUUACCGUAAUUUGUUUUGUCAUUUACAAACUUCUUGUACUUCUGUAGUUGGUUUAGUCCAACAAUUCUUUGUGGUUGACGCUGUACAAUAAUGAGAUGAUGCAAGAAAUAUCAAUUUUAAAAUCAAUGGAAGC